GAGCAGCCUCACUGCCAACAUGAAGUUCCUUUUGCUGCUUGGAUUGGUGGCUGUGGCCCUGGCCGAGACACACUUUGAGGGAGAUAAAGUGUUCCGUCUGAAGCCUGUGCUUGACGAGCAUGUGACCCUCAUUAAAGAGCUGGCUGACAGCAUCGAGUUGGACUUCUGGAGGCCCGAGAGUCCCCAGCUGGUGACCGUUGACAUCGAUGUAGACAUCCAUGUGCCCGCUCUUUACCUGGACAUGGUCAGAGUCAGACUGCAGCAGAGCGACAUGGAGCACGAGGUGCUCAUUGAUGAUCUGGAUGAGGCCGUGAUGCGUCAGCGCGACAGUGGCCCUGUCCCCAGAGCCCACAGCUACACCAGAUACAACACCUGGGAGACUAUCCACUCUUGGAUUAACUCUAUCGCCGCCUCCAACUCCGAUCUCGUCAGCAAAGAGGUCAUUGGAAACAGCUACGAGGGACGCCCCAUGACCCUCCUUAAGAUCGGCAAAAAAUCCAGUUCUACAAAGAACGCUAUCUUCCUGGACUGUGGUAUUCACGCCAGAGAGUGGAUCUCCCCCGCCUUUUGCCAGUGGUUUGUUAAGGAGGCCGUGUCCACUUAUGGCAGUGAUGCUCAGAUGACCAGCCUGCUCGACCAGAUGGAUGUGUACGUUCUGCCCGUCAUCAACAUCGAUGGUUAUGUGUUCACACACACCAACAACAGGAUGUGGAGAAAGACCCGCUCCAGGGCUUCUGGAACUAGCUGCAUUGGAGCUGAUCCCAACAGAAACUUCGACGCCGGCUGGUGCACCCUGGGAGCUUCGAGCAACCCCUGCAGUGACACCUUCUGUGGGUUCUCCCCUGAGUCCGAGAUCGAGGUCAAGAAUGUGGCCAACUUCAUCCGCAGAAACAAAAGCACCAUCAAGGCCUACCUCACCAUCCACUCCUACUCCCAGCUGCUGCUCUUCCCCUACUCCUACACCUACGAGCUGGCCCCAGACCACAGCGAGCUGCUGAAGGUGGCUGAGGGUGCUGCCAAUGCUCUGACUAGCCUGUAUGGGACCGAUUACACCAGUGGUCCUGGUGCUGCCACUAUUUACCCUGCUGCUGGUGGCUCUGAUGACUGGGCCUAUGACCUGGGGGUGAAGUACUCCUACACCUUCGAGCUGCGCGACACCGGCCGCUACGGCUUCCUGCUGCCAGAGUCUCAGAUCCAGCCCACAUGUGAGGAGACCAUGCUGGCCGUCAAGUACAUCGCCGCCUAUGUGCAGAAGAACAUCUACUAAAGAGAGAGGAGCUGCCAGGACCCCUGCCAACUCUCCUCCUCUGUACCAGCCCCCAGACCUCCCACUCCAGCCUGUUUCCAUGGAUACGGGCACCUCCCGCCAUGUUGCCUCGCUGUGCUUGACAGAAUGUCAAGAUGAGAGCAAACAAUAAAAUCAAUGAUCCAU